AUGGCGCGUUUUGCGAACAACUCUCCUUUGAAGACUGAAAACCAGAAGAAGAUAGGGACGCCACCUCCCUACGGACCCGUCGGCGUCGAAGCGGCUCGUGCGGCAUCUUCCUCUUCGCCGGCGGAGCCUACGCUUUUCAAGCAUGAGUUCUCAAUGGCCGACCGUGUCGCGCUCGUGUCGGGCGCGAACCGGGGGCUCGGGCUGGAGAUGGCCAUGGCGCUCAUCGAAGCGGGCGCGCGUGCGGUGUACUGCGUGGACAUGCCCAAGGCGCCUGGGGAGGAAUGGACGAAGGUGAAGGAGUACACCAGCAGGAUGAAGGGCCUGGCAGGCGAGGGCAGGCUCGAGUACAUUAGUGGCGAUGUGCGGAACCAGGAGGCGAUGUGGAAGAUCGGAGAGGAAAUCGGAAACACGGAGGGUCGGAUGGACGCGUGUGUCGCUGCCGCUGGCAUUCUGAGAUCCCAUACGGAUUGCCUUCAGUAUCCAGCGAAGCAAUUCCAAGAGGUCAUGGAAGUGAAUGUGAACGGCGUCCUGUAUACUGCCCAAGCCGCAGGCAGGCAGAUGGAGCGCUUCGGCAACGGAGGCAGUAUCAUCUUGAUAGCAAGUAUGAGCGGGAGCAUAACGAACAAGGACCAUGCCUGGGUGUCAUACAACACCUCCAAAUCGGCGGUUAUCCAGAUGGCACGCAGCAUGGCCUGCGAACUCGGACCGAAACGCAUCCGGGUGAACUCCUUGAGUCCAGGGCAUAUCUAUACAUCCAUGACCGCAGCAUAUGUAGACACGCAACCGCACCUAGUGGAGAAAUGGUCAAGUUUGAACCCACUCGGUCGCCUCGGACGUCCUGAUGAAUUGAGAGGCGUCGUGACAUGGUUGGCCAGCGAUGCGAGCACGUUCUGCACCGGAAGCGACAUCCUCGUGAGCGGCGGGCACCACGCGUGGUAG